AUGGCGGGAGAAUCCGCGUCUUCCGCCGUUCCGCCUCCACCGCGCGACGAUGGCGGCGAUAGCACCGCAGCAUGCCCCGCGCCGGAAGCCAAACCCCCCGCUUCCCAGUCAUCGGCAGCGCCAGCCGCGACAGGUGCGACCGACGCGCAAAAGGCGACAGAGACACCAGAAGCGGCGGCGGCAGAAGCGGCGGAGGACGCGGCGCUGGAAGCGGCGGUGGCGGCGCUGCCGUCGCUGCUGCUGACGCCGGAGCUGGCGGAGGCGGUUGAUCAUCCGGACGUGGCGGCCAUGCGCAGCCUCAUGGAGGAGACGCCCGAGGAGGAGGUCACGUGGCUCAGGGAGCAAGGCAACAUCGCGCUGAAGGAGGGGCAGGAGCAGGGCCGCAAGGGGCAGCGCAAGCAGCAGCGGCAGGCGUACCUCAAGGCGCUCGACCUCUACUCGCAGGCGCUCGCCGUGCGCGACGCGCACCCCCACGCGGACAUCUCCGCGCCCGCGGUGGCGGUGCUGCGCGGCAACCGCGCGCAGGCGCACCUACUGCUGGGCAACUACGGCCACGCGCUCGCGGACGCCGCGGAAUCCAGCCGCCUCGACCCCUCCAACGCCAAGGCGCCCUUCAGAGCGGCAAAGGCGUGCCUGGCGUUGAAGCGCUAUGCAGAGGCCAUCACGUGGUGCGACGCCGCUCUAGCGCUGCCUGGUGCGGCCCCAGCGGACCUGCUCAAGCUGCGCGGCGACGCACAGAGCAAGCUGGCCGUGCUGCAGGCGGCGGCAGCGCGCAGCACGGCCAUCCGCAGCAAGGCGGAGCGCCUGGCCGCGUGCAUCACACAGCGCGGCGUGCGCAUGGGGCGCGCCGCGUACAAGGCACUCAGUGGUGCGCGCAAGCCGUGGGUGGACGAGGGUGGAGUGGUGCACUGGCCUGUCGUGGUGGUCUACCCUGAGGUCAUGGGCAGCGAUCUGAUCGAGGACGCGUGUGAGACGGACACGCUGGGAGCGCACGUGCGGGAGAUGUUUGGUGCGCACGCGCCGCCACUGGAGUGGGACACAGCGGGCGCGUACAGUGCAGACGCCGUGCAGCUGUUCCUGCGCACCAGCGCCGUGCCCGCUGUUGCCAGCGCUGCCCUGCCACGCGCCCUGCUGGAGGACGCUGCUGGGCUGACAGAUGAGGAUAACCAGGCCAUGGCGGGUGUGGGCGAGGACGACGGGGAUGACGGGCCUGAUUGGUCGGCAUCGGGCGAGCAGCAGUGGGUGCAAGUGCCUCUCGACCAGCCCCUCGCAAAAGUGCUCACGAUACCCAAUCAUAUCGUUCCAGGUGUCCCUGUAUUUUAUGCUGUGUCAACAAGAAGCCCCUUCUAUGGCACUUUCACAUCAGGCAAAUGGGUUCCACCUUAG